AUGGCUAAUCCAGCCAGACGCCUGGACGGCGCUCACCCCGCCGCUGGGACUCUGGGCCGCGUCGCGGAAGACGGCAACUCAAGUCCCACUCGCUCCAAGGCGGUCGGUCUCCUCCCUUUUGGCACCACAUCAAACGACCGCCUGUUGUUCAACUCGGAUCACGACAGAGACUCUGAAGCAAGCAGUUCUCCACGGUAUUCCUUUGAGCAUCAAAAUUUCGACAACGUUUCUGGGCAUUCAGCAGCCUCCGAGAUCGACCUUUCACUGCAAGAGCCGGGACAGCAUACUUACUUGAAUCCACAUGGAGAGACUACCAAUCGCCAGGAUGAACCAUCCCAUGAAGAUGCUCCUCCACCAAGCUCAGAAUCACCACCUCGCUCUAGGUCGCACCAGCAGGAGUUUUUCGGCAAUGAAGGAGGACGGUUGCAAGCGCAUCAAAUCCUGGAGGGUUCUUCUGGGACUCCACCGCCAGAGUGA